AUGACAGAAUUAAGACGUUCUGCUAGAGUUAGUGCUAGAAACAAUGGUGAAACAAAGAUUGAAUCUUUAAAAGAUUCUAAAGUUUCAAAACCAAAAGAUAAAAAAGUUACUAAAAAGGAUACCAAAGAUACAAAAGACGAAUCAAAAGAAGAAACUGAACCAAAAGAAAGCUCUAAAGAACUUGAAAUUGGUGAUGAAAUCCCAGACAUAACAUUACUAAACCAAGAUGAAGAAUCAAUCUCUUUAAAAGAAGCUGCAUCUUCAAACAAAAUCAUCUUAAUCUUUGCUUAUCCAAAGGCAAGUACACCAGGUUGUACAAGACAAGCAUGUGGAUUCCGUGAUAAUUUUAAUGAAUUAAAAAAUAAAGCUCUUGUAUUAGGUCUUAGUGCUGAUCAACCAAAAUCUCAAAAAAAAUUCCAAACAAAACAAAAUUUACAAUAUGAUUUAUUAAGUGAUCCUCAAAGAAAAUUAAUUGGUUUAUUAGGUGCUAAAAAAUCUCCAACUGGUAUUAAAAGAUCUCAUUGGAUUUUCCAAAAUGGGAAAUUAGUUGUUAAGAAAAUUCAAAUUAGUCCUGAAUCAAGUGUUUCUGAUGGUAAAAAACAAGUUUUAGAACUUGUUGAAUAG